AUGGAGCAGUGGACGGGCACGCAACCGGCUCCGUAUCUAGAACAGCCCCAACCUUUGCUUAACGCAGCCGACAACAAUGCCAAUCUACACCCAGCCGUCACACACGAUGCAGAUAUCCUUCAGGCGGCACAGCUCCUUCUCCCUGGUAACUUCCGGGAUCCGCAACCACCAGCCCAGCCUCUUUCAUACCUGCCCGAGGAGCUGAAUCAUUUCCAAGAGUUCACUCAUUUCUUGGAUUCCAUCGGGUUGCCCUCCGAGUGGGUCCCUGCCGUAGGAGAGGUCUCGCAGGUUCAGAGUGCAGUACCUGCUGAUAUGACCGAAUCUGGGAGAAAUGCUCGAGAACAGCAACCGUCCCGUCGUACUCAACCCGAGGGCUCACGGGCAGACUCGCCAUUUCGAUCCUGGUUACCCUCUGUACCCCCAGGUGACCAGAGUUUAGGGACCGUUUCUGACUAUGAACCUCCUCAGAUAUCGAAGAAGUCGUCGCCGUUGAAGGUUAGUGAAGAACAACGUCUUCGGCUUGCGGCUUCGCUCGAAGAGUUUCGACACCUCAUUCCGGACUUUGUUCUCCCUUCCCGACAUACAUUAACGAGAUAUCUGACCUCGUUCUUCGACGGAUUCCACCCCCAUCUCCCUUUCAUACAUGUUCCAACAUUGAGGAUCAAUGAGCGUGCUCCGGAACUUAUCCUAGCUUUCAUGACGAUAGGAGCCCAGUACCGCUUCGAGCAUCAUAAUGCUGAAAGGCUCUUCCAUGCCGCAAAAGCAAUCGUCCUUCAUCGGCUCUCAAAAGAGACAUACCCCCCAAUCGCAGCGUACAAUUCCAUCAUUCAGAUCCCGAUCGAUAGCCAGACAUCGGCACUUUCGCCAUCAGAAAAUGCCAUAGGAAUGAAUGCGUGGCGGCAAAUCGAGAAUAUCCGGACACUGCUAACCCUGAUGGGCUAUGCUACUUGGGAGGGGGCAGAACUGGUUCAGGAAGCCUUUGGGCUUCAGAGCCUUCUGGUGCGAUGCUUGCGCGAGUUUGGCUUAACAGAAAACAUCGCAGUUGCUCCAAGAAAUUCCCCUUUGCAGUGGCACGAGUGGGCAGAAGAGGAAUCCAUCAGGCGCACAAGAUUCAUCUCGUUCUGCUUCGUCCAUGUCCACAGCAUUGCAUACAAUGUCUAUCCCGUGCUUCGCAGCAGUGAAGUCCAUCUGCGUCUUCCAUGUUCCACCAAGGAGUGGAAGGCAACGACGGCUAGUGAGUGGGAGAGCGCCCAGAGGGAGGUUGGCUCCCAGCAAUUGUUCUUCCAGGAUGCGCUAUCAAUCCUCCUCCAGCCUUCUCGAAGCACAGUUCUUCUGGACCCCAUCCCGGCGCCGUUAGGGAACUACAUCCUUCUCCAUGGCCUUCUCCAACGUAUCCAUCUAGUCAGUGAACUAUCUAUACCGAAUGGGGACCAGUCUCUCUCGCUUCCCACAGAGGAGUUGAAUAAACUCGAGCGGGCGCUUCGAUCGUGGACUUCUGUUUGGCAACAGGCCCCAGAGUCCAGUCUUGAUCCUCACAAUGAGAACGGACCAAUCCCGUUCACCUCCAGUUCGCUUUUAGGCCUUGCCUACGUUCGCCUAUCUCUUAAUCUGGGGCCUUAUCGCCAGCUGGAGACACGCGAUCCUUACCGCAUCGCCACCUCAUUAUACAAGUCACCCCGACCUGGACGGAGUUACCGGCUAACACCAGCGCUGAUUUAUUCUGCGCACGCGUUGAGUAUUCCCGUCCGAUUGGGCAUCGACCAUGUCGCGCGCAGCCAAGCCUUCUUCUGGAGUGUACGUCAUUCGAUCGCAAGUCUGGAAUGCGCGGUCCUUCUGAGCAAAUGGCUGCUGUCCCUCGCGGAGGCCGGAAGUAAUCAAGCCCUGAGCGGUACGGAUCCCCUCUACACACGCACCAAUCUACAUACUGAUUUUUGCAUUGUGCAGACAACGAAAGUAGAAUACUACACUGGACCCGCUGCAUCGUGGAAGAAGCAUAUUCCUCGAUGGACUUGGAGGAAGGCGAAUCUCCCCCGGGACUGGAUCCCGGCAGUCUUGGGAUCGCCGUGA